CAGUCCUGCCUGUUUUAUUUGCUAGCUGGGCUCAUUUUUACUGAUGGGCUCAGCUACUUGUCAAUCACUUUAUCAGCCUCGUCCCUGCCUGACCGGAAGCACAAAGAGAUUAUAGGAGUCAAGGCCCUACAACGAAGGCCGUGCUUCCCACCUAAGCAGGCCUAGGUCCAUCAGCAAUUUUCACACGACUUCUUUGCAUCGGAACAGCAACUCACUUUCCACAGAAGAAACAUGGAAAACUCUAGAGCGGGUCCGAUGCAGUUUUGAAACCGCGGGGAUAGAAUGAGUGUGGGGACUGGAGAGGACAGGGCGUGGACUCAAAGUCGUGGGGCGUUUGAAUCUGGGCUACGCCCGGGACCCCCAACGUCCAGGUCUGUAAGACCUAGAGAAUUCCUACCUUACAUUCCCUCUCUUUCUCUGGGCUGUCUUGCAGAACAUCUAGCUGAUAGUAGGUGCUUGAUACUAGGGAAGUAUUGAGGGACGAGAAGGUGGUGAGUUGCAACUCAGGUACUGUGAAAGGCCGGCAAAGUGGAUUUCGUGGACAGAGGCGCUAUUUUCCCUGGAACUCGCUUCCCGCUUCCCCUGGAGGAAACGCUUUCCCCUCGAGAAGGAAGAAUGCUACAAACAAACUUUGAUCUUUCCAAGCUGUGCAGAAAACCCCAGACUUGCAGCCGGGGUUAGGAGGUGGAGAGGAGUACAGGGACCAGCAACCACAGAUGACAGAGCUUAUUAACCAUGCAGCAGAUACCUUGCACACCUGAACUUCUUUAAACCUCACAACCGCCCUAUGAGACUCUCUAAAAAGCGCAACAGUGAUGGAGUACAUGAGCACUGGAAGUGACGAUAAAGAAGAGAUCGAUUUAUUAAUUAAACACUUGAACGUGUCCGAUGUCAUAGACAUUAUGGAAAAUCUUUACACGAGUGAAGAGCCAGCGGUUUAUGAGCCCAGUCUGAUGACCAUGUGUCAAGACAGUAAUCAAAAUGAGGAGCGUACAGAAUCUCUGCUGCUCAGUGGCCAGGAGGUGCCUUGGUUGUCCUCCGUCAGAUAUGGCACCGUGGAGGAUUUGCUUGCCUUUGCAAACCAUAUAUCCAACACGGCAAAGCGUUUUUAUGGACACCGACCACAGGAAUCUGGAAUUUUAUUAAAUAUGGUAAUCACUCCCCAAAAUGGACGCUAUCAAAUAGACUCUGAUGUUCUCCUCAUCCCUUGGAAGCUGACUUACAGGAAUAUUGGCUCUGAUUUCAUACCUCGGGGAGCGUUUGGAAAAGUAUACUUAGCACAAGAUAUAAAGACUAAGAAAAGAAUGGCCUGUAAAUUGAUCCCAGUAGAUCAAUUUAAGCCAUCCGAUGUGGAAAUCCAGGCUUGCUUCCGGCAUGAGAACAUUGCCGAGUUAUAUGGCGCAGUCCUAUGGGGUGAAACCGUGCACCUCUUCAUGGAAGCAGGCGAGGGAGGGUCUGUCCUAGAGAAACUGGAGAGCUGUGGACCAAUGAGAGAAUUUGAAAUUAUUUGGGUGACAAAGCAUGUUCUCAAGGGACUUGAUUUUCUGCACUCAAAGAAAGUGAUUCAUCAUGAUAUUAAACCUAGCAACAUUGUUUUCAUGUCCACAAAAGCCGUUUUGGUGGAUUUUGGCCUAAGUGUUCAAAUGACUGAAGAUAUCUAUUUUCCUAAGGACCUCCGUGGAACAGAGAUUUAUAUGAGCCCAGAGGUGAUCCUAUGCAGAGGCCAUUCAACCAAAGCAGACAUCUACAGCCUGGGGGCCACACUCAUCCACAUGCAGACAGGCACCCCGCCCUGGGUGAAGCGCUACCCUCGCUCUGCCUAUCCCUCCUACCUGUACAUAAUCCACAAGCAGGCGCCUCCGCUGGAAGAUAUUGCAGAUGAUUGCAGUCCCAGCAUGAGAGAGUUGAUAGAGGCCGCCUUGGAGAGGAACCCCAAUCACCGCCCGAGGGCAGCAGACCUGUUAAAACAUGACGCCCUGAACCCCCCCAGAGAGGAUCAGCCGCGCUGUCAGAGUCUGGACUCCGCCCUCCUUGAGCGGAAGAGGCUGCUGAGCAGGAAAGAGUUGGAACUUCCAGAGAACAUUGCUGAUUCUUCAUGCACAGGAAGCACUGAGGAAUCAGAGAUGCUAAAGAGACAGCGUUCCCUCUACAUAGACCUUGGGGCCCUGGCUGGCUAUUUCAACUUUGUACGGGGUCCGCCAACACUAGAAUAUGGCUGACUGAUGUUAUCAUUUUCUCUAAAUAAUCAAGACUCAGCAUUGGUCUCCUGGAAGCUGGUCCUGCUGAGUCUACACUGGGGCUCUGGAUAACGAACUGUGCCAUUUGUUAGCUGGCCGUGUGGGCUCCCGUGACUCACGAAUGUGACUCCACAUGGCUCCCAUGGGUUUGAUGUGUGAAGCCACCCUGGUAGCUGCCAGGUCUAAAGGUUCUCAUUUCUCAGAUGGUAUGACUCAAAGGGAGCUGAGGGUUCAUGGCAGGAUCGUUUCUAGUGACUGAUUCCAUUCACUGUGCACUUUGCUCACCAUUUACAAGAUACCAACCACAAGGAUAAUGUGUUAGCCUGAAAUUACCAUUCUUGGUUCUGAUUUAAGUACGGGAACUUCAUUUAACUCAGAAUAGUUGGCUUGUAUAUAUGGGUGUAUAUUAUAACUCCUCGAGCCUUUGUGGGUAGAUUCUAGUAUAAAUUAAAGUCGUCAUAUUUUGGGUGAAUAGAACAACUUGAAUCUUCUAGCAAUAAGCUGAACUGGUGUCUCAAAAAUGGCUCCUUAUUCAGGAGCCAUCUGACAGAAGCCACUAGUGACAGGUUCUGUUAUGUUCCUAUGGAAACAUUUUGUACUGUAUAUGCUAUGCUUAAAACAUUUAAAACAUGGUGUUUUGAAUGUGGAUAAAACUGUGUUAAACCACAUAAUUUCUGUACAUCCCAAAGGAUGAGAACGUGACCUUUAAGGAAAAUGAACUUUUCAAAAUUCUUAAAGAUGCUACUUUUGUAACUCUCCUGAACACUUCCUCGUAAGCAUUUGUAUAUUAAAAUAGCAUACUGUGUAUGUUUUAUAGCAAAUGCCUUCAUGAAUCUUUCUUACACGUACACAUAUUUUUAACAUUGUAAUUACGUCAGUAUUCCUACCUAAAGUACGUUUUUACAUCAGGCAAAUGAAACCGGCACUUUUAUCCAGCGUGAUUGGUCAAAUCAACUGAAUAAACUCAGUAUUUUGCCUUAAUUCUUGUGGAGAGUGCGAUUC